UCUAAUAGGUUUGUGGUUGGUUUGUGUGUGUGUGUGAGCGCCCCUAGAAGUAGAGGUUGGUGCUGGUUAAAAAGUUUAUUCUAAUCGUUGUAUUAAUAAGAAAUGGUGGUUGUGGUGCUGUGUUACAUUCCUGGAUACUUGAAGCUUUACACAGAGGUAAUGGUCUAAUGGGGAAGCAACUGCCCCCAAGAAGUUAGCGUCCUGAAUUUCAGAAUGCCGACUAAUUUUUAGGGAUGAAGGACUAUCACUUUAGAGGUCCAGAAACAUUACCAGGAAGUGAUCCUUCAAUUGGAAGGAGAAUUUCAUGGGGAGAUAAUCAUUGUAAUCCCAAAACUGUAUUACUUAAUGGAUGGAGGAAUGAUUCUGCAAACCAUACUGCUUGUAAGGGAGGCCAUGUGGGGAAAAGGCAUCUGUGGCUUCGAAAGCACAUGAGGUCAAUUGCUUUUAUGGUUGUGUUGAUGGGUUUCAUUCUCCUGCUUGAUUCCCUCAUGAUGUCCAUUUUUGAUUCGAGAAACCUUCAGUAUCAUCCAGCCCAAAGCAAAUCAGGUGGGCUCGAGGAGGAAGAUAGAAGUGCCUACAUCAAUGACGAAAAAUUACCAAUACAGAUGUAUGACCGGCUACUAAACUUGGCAUCCAGUGCUCUUGCAGAGAAAGAGUUUAAGCAAGAGACGUCAAGACUCUAGGAACCAUAUUCAAAGGCAUCUGCAUGGAAACCAUGUGCGGACCGAAAGCUUCCGAGCAAUCUAGGAAAAUUCGACAAAAAUAAUGGCUACAUACUAAUCAGUGCAAAUGGGGGUCUCAAUCAACAACGAGUUGCUAUCUGCAAUGCUGUUGCUGUGGCAUCUCUUCUUAAUGCAACUUUGGUUAUUCCAAGAUUUCUAUAUAGCAAUGUUUGGAACGAUCCCAGCCAAUUUGGUGAUAUUUACCAAGAGGAGUAUUUUAUGAAUGUUUUGAAGGAUGAAGUCAAUAUUGUAAAGGAACUCCCUCCUGACCUGGGAUCACUUGACAUUGAAGCAUUAGGUAGCCUGAUUACUGAUGCAGAUCUUCCAAAGGAGGCAAAGCCUGCUGAUUACAUCAGAAAUAUACUUCCCAUCCUCUUACAAAAUGGAAUUGUUCACUUCCUUGGGUUUGGAAAUCGACUAGGCUUUGAUCCAUUUCCUUCUAAACUUCAGAGAUUAAGAUGCAAAUGUAACUUCCAUGCUUUGAAGUUCGUGCCAAAAAUCCAACGAGUUGGUUCAUUAUUGGUCAGAAGGAUUAGAAAAUAUGAUGCCGCACGGAGUAUGCUGGACAGACAAUUACUAGGAAACUUUAUGCCCGAAAAUCUAUCGAAUGAGAAUGAUGCUGCUAGAAGCCCAUCCAAAUACCUUGCUCUACAUUUGAGAUUUGAAAUGGACAUGGUGGCUUACUCCCUGUGUGAAUUUGGAGGUGGAGCAAGUGAGAAAAAGGAACUUCAAGCCUAUAGAGAAAUCCAUUUUCCUCUGCUUAUUGAGCGCUUAAAGAACUCAAGCCCUGUUUCUCCAGCAGAGUUAAGAAAGUUGGGAAGAUGUCCACUGACACCAGAAGAAGCAGCACUGGUCCUAUCUGGACUUGGUUUUAAGCGUGGAACUUACAUUUAUUUGGCUGGUUCUCAUAUUUAUGGAGAAAAAUCCAGGAUGGAUUCCUUCACCAGUCUCUAUCCCAAUUUGGUCACAAAGGAAACCAUUCUAACUCCCCACGAACUUGCACCUUUUAGAAAUUUCUCUUCUCAGUUAGCUGCACUGGACUUUAUUGCAUGUGCAACUGCGGAUGUUUUUGCCAUGACUGACUCUGGAAGCCAACUUUCAUCCCUGGUGACUGGACUCCGAACUUACUAUGGUGGUGGCCAUGCUCCUACCUUGCGGCCUAACAAGAAGAGGCUGGCAACAAUUUUGUCGGAGAGUAGCACAAUUGGAUGGAACAGUUUUGAAGAGAGAGUGAAAAAGAUGAUCGACGAAGGUCAAAGGGUGCGUGUGAGGGGCUUUGGUCGGAGCAUUUAUCGACAGCCAAGGUGCCCCGAGUGCAUGUGUAAAGCUCAGUAGCAUGUCCUAUCUUGGCCACUCUUUUAAGCUCUCUUAUAUUUUCAACGUUUUUUUCCCCUUAUCUGUUCAGCAUAGUUGAGAUUUUCAAGCGGAUAGCAUAUGCAGAGUGUUCAAGCUUACAGUGUAAUUUUUUUUCCCUUAUAAUUAUUUCUCUUAUCUUUUUUUUUUCGAUG